AUGCGAGGUGUUUCCUUGCGAAGCACGUUGAAGCGGGGGGGUUGGCUCUGGCUGUACAGCCCGUCGGUCCUCAGCAUUGAGAAGCGAGCGCAAGUGUUUGCUUCUUCCAAGCCCACGGAACGAUUUGACAAGUUCUUGUCGCACACAUGGUGGACGCAUGGGAAGUGGAAGAUGCUGUCUCUACUGAUCCACUUUGGUUGGCCAACUAUGUUGACUGCAUGGGCUCUUGGGAUAACUCUCUCCUUCGCACUCAGCUUGAUUGGCGUUUUGCCGGCAUGCACGAGCUUUGAGGUCCACGCCAUCGGCUUUCAUGGCGAAGUUCCGUAUGGAUGUUGGAUCCUUCUGACCGGCCUGCUGGCCCCCAUUGCAGGGUUGAUGGCCUUUCCAUAUCUCCCGUGCCUUCAUGGAUCAGACACGUGCUUUCUGGAUUUCGUGUGCAUCAAUCAGACAGACAGUGUCGAAAUGCAACAGGGCAUCCGAUGCAUCGGACAUUUCUUGGCAGCUUCAGCGGAAUUGCGGGUGCUUUGGAGUGCGCCGUACCUUUCGAGGUUGUGGUGCGUCUUUGAGCUUGCGGCCUACCGAAAGAUGAACCCAUCCGGAAAAAUUGUCAUCGCACCAAUUGCCAACGAGUUGUUGGCAUGCAGAGGCUUUUUGUGGGUGAAUGUAUUUACUUUUGUGUUUUGGUUUUCCAGGAGAGGUCAAGAAGGUGGUGAUGCCGUGCGCCUCCUGGCUGUGUUUGUGUGUGUUUUUGCUGUUAUGUUCCCGUCCCUGGCACAUGUGGCGUGGAAGCAGAAGCUGGACCGUGACAAAUUGGAGUCUGACUUGGCCACGUUUGAUGUUAUGAAUGUGGAGUGUAGCAACGAUUUUGAUAGACAGUGCAUACACGAAGCCAUCAUCCAGUGGUAUGGCAGUUUGGCAGCCUUUUCCGAACAUGUGCAGGGGCCAUUCCGCCAGGAGGUUGUGAGGCUGAUGCGGGCCGGUGGCAGCGUGCCUGUUGCCUACGUGUGGUUGAGCUUGAGUCCGAUAUUCUGUCUGAGUCUGGAGGGCUUCGUAGCCUUGUGGAGAGCCAACGCUCCAAUGGAAAGUGUGCUUGGUUUCGCUGCUAGUCAUCUGUUGGCCCAUGACAUUCUGUGGCUUCCUUCCGUCGUGAUUCUGUACCACUUCACAACCAGGCGUGACUUGCGCUGUUGGACGUGUGGGUGCAAGUGUUUGGCUCUGGAGAUCUCUAUGGGAGCUAUAUCAUUUUGUGUUUUGUUCACCGGAGGAAGCAUGGUUACCGUUUUAGUCGCCUCCCGAAACUUUGGGUGGGUGCUUGCAUGGAUCGCAGCAGCAUCGGUAUUCGCGGGCGUUUCUUGGGGUUACUGCUGGCGAAUCUAG